AACAACAACAGCUGUUAGUAGCUAAAAAUGGCCGCCGCUAUCAUGGCGGGGCUCGACGCCCAUAGGAUGGAGAAGAAGACGUUCGAGUACUUUUCCUCCAUCAACUCUAUGGCCAAGAAGAUCAUGCAGGAGCGGGAGAAAAUCAAAUCCGACUACGGCUCGUCCUGGGAGAAAAUGACCCCGGAGGAGCAAGACAACGCCAUUGAUAACAGCUUGAUGGACCCUCACAUCAGAGCCAGAUAUGCUAUGCAUAAAGUGGACCGAGAGGAGGUGGUCUGUUACCCCAGACUGCUCCUCCAGACUGGUCAGAAGACAGUCCACUUCGGUGAAGAGGACAUGACAUGGCAGGAUGAGCACUCUGCCCCGUUCUCGUGGGAGACAAAGAGUCAGAUGGAGUUCAGUUUGACAUCAGGUUCUGCAGAUCAGGUGACCUCUGCUUCACAAGCCGACUCCAAAAGUGCAAAAGCUCCUCAUUCCAAUCAGCUUGGGAAGAGUACAGCGGGAGCCAAGGUUUCUGUAAGUGAGGGCCGAAGGCCGGAGGAGGAGUCGUCCUUCUGGAAGAUCAGCGCUGAGAGGUCACGGCUGGAAGGAGAGAAGGCUGAUUUCCAGUCCCUGACCCCGAGUCAGAUCAAAUCUCUGGAGAAAGGAGAGAAGCCCCUCCCCUCCUACCUCAGACAGGAGAGUUCUGUCAUCUCCAAGGAGCCUGAAGCUGCAGAGUCUCACCCUCCAGCUCCUGCCAAGUCCAUAAAGCCCAGAGCCCCCAAGCCUCCAGCCCCGCAGCUCCCAGCCCCCGUGGCUGUCAGUGCAACGCCUGCGUCCAUCUCCAUCGCGCCCACACCGGCGCCGCCCAUCGCCGCCUCAUCUUCGGUCGGAGGCUGGGAGAGAUCUCAGAGCACCCUGCCGUCUGUCAGCAACACCCUGGAUGAAAUGUUUUCAUCCAAUCUGAUAUCGAAGCCUUCAAAGCCCGGCGGCGCCGCAGAGAAGGACAAAGCGGAGGACGUUUCACCCCCCUUGGACGUGAGCCCCACCUUUUCCCAGUUCAACACCAGUAACAGCAUCCUGAAGACCGGAUUCGACUUCUUGGACAACUGGUAAAAUCCACAGCCGAGAGCCGCCGCCAUCAUCAUCAUCAUCAUCAUCAUCAUCAUCAUCAUCAUCGCUUUAGAGACGGACCACAUCACCAUGACUACAAACAUCCACGUCCAGAUUUAAGAGUUGCUCCUGAAAGACAACGGCAUCGAUUCUCUCUGGCUUGUUAAGACAUUAAUUUGCCACCUGUGUUACUUUUUGGCUUUUCUCCAAAGUAGAAGAACAUCUUGUUUUUUUAUGCUAUAAGUCUGGAUGCAUGAUAUUAAACUGCUUACACACACAAUUAUGAAACACUAAAAGCAUGUCAUAAUUCAGUCCAAAACUCUCAUAUUGCUUUUGUUUUUUGUGAUUAUAAUUUUAAUUUAUAACUAUCUAGGGUUUAGAGUUAAGGCGAUCCUUUAAUGCUGCAGUUUUAAUAUAAAUAUAGUAUUUUAGAAGCAAAAUCAUUAAAAAUUUACCAUAAUUCUGUUUAGUUUAAAACUGAAAUUAAACUGAAUGCUCAAACCUGCUGAAUGGAUUUAGCUUCUUGCCACAUCAUUCCAUCACAGCUGUGUGUUUUGAUAAAAUAUGCAUUGAAACAUGUUGGUAAACAAUCACCAUUACAGUGAUUGGUAGUGUUUGUCAUAGACUAAAUACCUAGAGUACUAUUUUACUUAGUUUUAUAUUUAUCUGCUAAUUUUAUCCUCAGCUUUAUGUGUACAGACGGUGAACUCACAUUGUGAGGUUAAAGAUUGAAAUGAAGUAAAAUAAUUAAAUCUAAA